GGUCCCUAUUUAAAGCCGCCAUUGAUUGAGAAGUUGGCAAUAACUUGAAUUGUAUUCCAUUAGUGAGGAUACCGUGAUACUGAAGCAAAAUAAAAUAUUAUAAUAUUACAAACUGAAGGAUAUAGCAAGAGCGAAGCCAUGCAGGCCAUCAAAUGCGUAGUUGUCGGAGAUGGUGCGGUUGGUAAAACCUGUUUGCUGAUCAGUUAUACAACAAAUGCCUUCCCUGGAGAGUACAUCCCCACAGUGUUUGAUAACUAUUCUGCCAAUGUAAUGGUAGAUGGCAAACCUAUCAAUCUGGGCUUAUGGGAUACAGCUGGUCAGGAGGAUUACGAUAGGCUACGUCCCUUGUCAUACCCUCAAACAGACGUGUUUCUCAUCUGUUUCUCUCUCAUCAGCCCUGCAUCCUUUGAGAAUGUCAGAGCAAAGUGGUACCCUGAGGUGUCCCACCAUUGCCCGAACACCCCCAUCAUCCUGGUGGGCACCAAGCUUGAUUUAAGGGAAGACAAAGAAACCAUAGAGAAACUUAAAGAAAAAAAAUUGUCUCCCAUCACAUAUCCACAGGGUUUGGCAAUGGCGAAAGAAAUCAAUUCAGUGAAAUAUCUUGAAUGUUCAGCUCUUACUCAAAAGGGACUUAAAACUGUUUUCGAUGAGGCUAUUAGAGCAGUAUUAUGCCCUAAGCCAAAGGCUAAAAAGAAGGGGUGUCUAGUUUUAUAAUACUUUAGGAAAGCUAUGGAUUCGAAAUUGAACAAAUAAUUUGGAGUUAUUGUAGUGUACAAUGGGGCCUGAUUGUAUAUGCUAUUAUUCCUACACUUGAAGCUGAUAUGGUGAACUCUGGAGCAAUCAUAGUGCAGUAAAUGUGUGCCAGUGCUGUGAAUAGAUCAAACUCUGCAUAGACUAUUUUUCCUUGGGUUUUAUUCAAACUAAAAACGUUGAUAGAAGUCAAGGGCCCAUUUCUCUGAUGACAUCUGGUCCAGUGAGUAAUAUAAUAUGUGAUACAUUUUCAUUGUAUGUUAUUCCCAUUCCUGAUACAAUGGAGAAAUGGCCCAAGAUCAGUUUUUAUUUACACAAAUCUUUGGAGGUUGGGUUAGUAUUCAAUUAGAAGUUAUAUUGUACACAGCUAGCCCAGUGACAUGAUUCAGCAAUCAGAGCAUCAUAACAUGCAUUCAACUGAAGUAGUUGUGUCUUGUGACAGUUAAUUUAGGUAUUUCAUUUUAGUAGCCAGGCCAGCACAUGUGAAUUAUGAGACACUUGGUACAGAGGUUCUGUAAUAUAUAUAUACACUGCUUUUGACUAAAUAUCAACUAUGGGUACACUUGGAGUAUAAUAAUUGCAAUAUAAUAACACUGUACAGAAAUAUGUGACGUCCUGCUAGAAAUAUACUAGCUUUUGAUGAAUAGUAGUAG